AUGCUGCGCGCCCUUGUGAGAGCUGCCCUUGGGCUGUUCUUCUUGACCAGCGCGCUGCCGCUCCGGGCCCCCGCGCGCGGCUCCAUUCUGAGCAGCUGCCUGAAACCUUGGAAGGGCUGCCCCGAGGGCGGCUCCCUGAGCGGCUCCCGGCUCGGGGAGAAUUUCGCUGGCUUCUCCGAGGCCAUGACCAUGUACGACGGCAGCAAGUCCGACAAAAGCGCCAGCACGAGUGCGCCGGCCGGCGAGAACGGCCUCGACCGCGCUGCCUCCAAGGGCUUGGCGACGAGCGUCGCCGCGACGAUGGCGCGGCUCCAGCUCUACCAAAACCACGUGUCCGCCGAAUUGAUGUUGGCGGCCCCGGACGCGACCAAGGGCGGCGUCGACGAAGAAGAAGGGCGGGCUUCCUGGUGGCUCUUCCAGUUUCUUGCGAUUUUGCUAGAACUUGUUUUGGGACUCUUCGUGUUCGGAAGGGUUAUUCCGCGGUGCAGUAGCGCGGCGAAGGGCGCGGCCUGGCGCUCGUACGGCGCCGCCUACCUGCUUAUUUCGCCAGAGAUCGCCCUCGUGGCGGCGGCAGCGACUUCGGUCCGCGGCAGCGACUACACCAUUAUGAAGAGUUCCAAGAUCAAGACCAAUGAGUCUCCGAGCUCGUCAGUCCAAAGCCUUGAGCAGCGACGCGUGCUCUCGGGCGGCAGCAGCGACUACGCCAUUACAAAGAGUUCCAAGAUCAAGACCAACGAGUCUCCGAGCUCGUCAGUCCAAAGCCUUGAGCAGCGGCGCGUGCUCUCGGGCUACGUGAUGACCGACAGCAACAUUAGAACGGCCGUCGCGGCGUGGCUCUCAGACGCCACGUCUGCCGAGGCGAUGUACGGUCAUAUCUCGACGUGGGCGACUGGGGGGGUGACGGACAUGUCGUAUUUGUUUUGCGGGGCCUCAACCGACCACUCAGGAAAUGGUUACUGCAACACGGCCGCGGCGUCCUUCAACGAGGACAUCGGCGCGUGGGACACCUCUGGGGUCACAACGAUGGAGGGGAUUUUCAUCGAAGCCUUGUCCUUUAACAGGGACAUCGGCGCGUGGGACACCUCCGGCGUCAUAUCGAUGUACGGGGUGUUCGGCGGCGCCUUGGCGUUUAAUCAAGACAUCGGUGACUGGGCGAUCGACAGCGUCACGACUAUGUUCUGGAUGUUCUACGGCGCCUCAGCCUUCGACCAGGACCUCGGCUGGUGCGCGGACGACGACGUGGACCUCUACGGCGCGUUCAACGGCACGCCGUGCCAGUCGACGUCGUGCGGCGUCGUACAAGUUGCAGAAUGCUACGAUAGAAGCAAGUUCUGCCUCAAUCCGAGCCAGUACAAUGGAGGUGCCCCAUCCAAUUACCCGGGCUACACAUGCGAUGGAUUCCUUGGAGCCGAAGCAAAGAUGAACGCCAUCGAUUGGAGCUCCGACUCGGCCAUCCAGGCCGCAUGUGCAGAUCCUGAAGUGUACGACGGUAACACGCGGGCUGGCGUCAUGAACUAUAUGGCUGGGGGAAGUAAUCCUUGUUGCGCGGACUUGAAAUCGGCAUGCUACAGCUCAGACUACGACGAGGACGACGACGAAGACUGCACCCCGGGCUUUUGGGUGCUAGAGUGCCGAGACGACGGGACGCUGAUGCGAGGAUUCCCUAGAGUGGCGAACGGCGACGGCGGGUGCGAUUCGUGCGACUGCGAAGCGGUGGAAGAUUUAACGGCCGCGACGAGCGGCCAAUACACCUGCGAGCCGGGUACGAAUACCAUUUUAUACGACGAAGACCUCGACGGGAACGCCGACGAAUCGUGGGAGUUCAGCGAGUGCUGGUACGAUGACUGCUCGGAGGACGACGACGACGAGGACGACGACUGCACCCCGGGCUAUGGGGUGGCAGAGUGCCUCGACGACGGGACGUUUAUGCACAACGACGAAUGCGAUUCGUGCGACUGCGAAAUGGACGACCUAACGACCAAUUCGGGCGGCCAAUACACCUGCGAUCCGGGUACGAAUACCUUUUAUAUCGACGAAGACCUCGACGGCAACGUCGAUCACGAGGGGCAGUUCGGCGACUGCUGGUACGAUGACUGCUCGGAGGACGAGGAGGACGGCGACGAGGACGACGACGACGACUGCACCCCGGGCUUUGAGGUGAUAGAGUGCCGAGAGGAUGGAACGGUGAUGCAGGGCUUUGGAUGCCAAUCGUGCGACUGCGCGACGACACACGACUUAACGGCCGACUAUGGCGGCCGAGUCACCUGCGAGCCGGGUACGAAUACCUGGUACUACGACGAAGACCUCGACGGCAACGUCGACGACGACGGGGAGUUCAACGAGUGCUGGUACGACGACUGCUCGGAGGACGACGACGACGACGACGGGGACGACGACGGGGACGACGACGACGACGACGACGAAUGCGACAUCGAGACGUCCAACGACCUCAAUUCCUCUCCAAGCGGCACAACGAACCACGGAGCGGGGAGCGGGUGGUGCUUUUCGAAUCUCAACAACCAAAUAGGCUGCACGGCCUCGCCGGCGGACUGCUGGGAGAGGUGUUCGGACGGAUACGGCGACGACCUCGUGGCCAUCGACUGGUGGGACGACGGCAGCUGCGACUGCCAGAACGACUGCGAGUGCAUGCAUGAAGUCGGUGGCGCACCAGGAUACAUAUUCUACACCGUCACACGCGACUCGGCCGUCGCAGCGCUGCCGGUGGAGUGCGGCCCCACGGCGACUCCGACUCCGGCUCCAAUUUCCCAAGCUACCCCAAGCGACGGCGGCGGCAACGGCGGCGCCGACGCCGCGUCGGCCGGGCUCAUUGGGGGCACGGUCGCCGGCGUCGCCGUGAUCGCCGCGAUUGCCGUCGGGGCGUACGUGUACAUGCGCCGCGCCAAGGACAGCGCGGAUUUGGCACCGAUGGCCGAAGUGGAGGUCCUAGGCACAAUAACCGGGGCCGUCGAGUCGGGCGCGCUCAAAGAUGCCGCACCGGACCCGUCGGCGCCGCCGCUGAUGCCGCCGCCGCCGCCAGAGCCGGCUCAGGAGCGCCCCUCCAUGGUGUCGAGGCUGGCGUCCUGGCGGGCGCCGGCUGCUGAGGCGCCGACCGGUCGCAACUUCUGCAGCGCCUGCGGCGCCCCGGUUCAGGGCCAGUUCUGCAGCGCCUGCGGCGCUCGCGCGUAACUCAACACCUUGAGUCUACGA